AUGGAAGGAAUCAUUGUGAGAAGAGUUAUACCAUCAGACAACAGUUGUCUCUUCAAUGCAAUCGGUUAUGUCAUGGACAAGGACCAAAAGAAAGCUCCUGAGCUUAGACAGGUGAUAGCUGCAGCAGUUGCAAGCAACAAGGAGAAAUAUAACGAAGCGUUUCUAGGGAAAGAAAAUGAAGAAUACUGUGCUUGGAUUCUCAAUCCGGAUAAAUGGGGAGGUGCGAUUGAGCUUUCGAUAUUAGCAGAUUACUAUGGUCGAGAAAUCGGUGCGUACGAUAUUCAAACUAGUCGGUGUGACUUGUAUGGACAGACGAAGAACUACAACGAGAGAGUUAUGUUGAUCUAUGACGGUCUUCACUAUGAUGCUCUUGCUCUGUCUCCAUUUGAAGGAGCUGAGGAAGACUUUGAUAUGACUAUAUUUCCGGUUGGGAAAGAUAGAUCCAUUGGUGCAAUCGAAGGGCUUGUUUUGAAUCUAGUGAAGGACCAACAAAGGAAAAGGAGUUAUACAGAUACUGCAAACUUCACUCUGCGUUGCGGUGUAUGCCAAAUUGGAGUUAUUGGACAAAAGGAAGCUGUGGAACAUGCUCAAGCAACUGGUCAUGUUAACUUUCAAGAAUACAAAUAA